AUGGAACCAGGAAAUGAGACCUACAUUGCAGAAUUCCUCCUCCUGGGCUUGUCGGGGGUCCCUGAGCUGCAGCCCCUGAUCUUUGGGGUCUUCCUGUCCAUGUACCUGCUGACCGUGCUGGGGAACCUGCUCCUCGUGCUGGCCGUCAGCUCGGACCCCCACCUCCACACGCCCAUGUACUUCUUCCUCUCCAACCUGGCCUUGGUGGACGUCUUCUUCACCUCCACCACCGUCCCCAAGAUGCUGCACAACAUCUGGAUGCAGAGCAAGGCCAUCACCUACGGGGGCUGCGUGGCCCAGGUACUGUUCUUCCUCCUCUUUGCAGGCCUAGACGACUUCCUGCUGACCGUCAUGGCCUACGACCGCUACGUGGCCAUCUGCCACCCCCUGCACUACGCGGCCAUCAUGAGCCCGAGACUCUGUGGGGUGCUGGUGUUGGGGUGCUGGGUCUUGAGUGCCCUGAAUUCUUUAGUAAACAGCUUACUGCUUCUGCAACUGUCCUUCUGUGCAGACUUGGAAAUCCCUCACUUUUUCUGUGAGCUCAACCAGGUAAUCCAGCUGGCCUGUUCUGACACUUUUCUCAACGACCUGGUGAUGUACUUUGCGGUUGUGCUGUUAGCUGGCGGUCCUUUCGCUGGAGUGCUGUCCUCUUACGCUAAGAUCAUGGCUUCCAUACGAGAAAUCUCCUCAGCUCAGGGCAAGUCCAGAGCCUUCUCCACCUGUGUCUCCCACCUCUCUGUGGUGGCUUUAUUUUACUGUUCACUCCUGGGAGUCUACCUGAGCUCUGCUGCUUCCCCCAACUCACGUGUGAGUGCGACAACCUCCGUGCUGUACAUGGUGGUCACCCCCAUGCUGAACCCCUUCAUCUACAGCCUCCGGAACAAGGACAUCCAGGGGGCUCUGAGGAGAGUCUUUGCAAUGGUCUCUGUGAAAAGAUCAAGGGUGCUGGGUCUGAAUGAGUGA